GUGGGGUCGCUCAACACGUACACGUGUACGAUGUCUACCAGUACUUUGCUGCAGCUAGCUAGCUGAACCGAGAGCAGAGAGUUUGAGACGACGAUCAAGGAAUGAUGGCGGAAGGCGGAGUUACCAAGAUAAAAAGCAUCCAAGACUUGGUGCAAGAUGCGAGCAGAGUCUUCGAGGAGAAGUUUGGGAGCAAGCCGGGUGUUGCUGCAUGUGCCCCGGGGAGAAUUAACCUGAUCGGAGAGCACACGGACUACAACGACGGAUGGGUUUUUCCAAUGGCUUUACCACACGUUACAGUGCUGGUGGGCAACAAGACCAGCACUGGCGUGUGCCGUGUGGUGACCACGGCCCAGAACGCAGAUGAGCCAAAGACCGUUGAAUUCAACCUGCCCACUGCCGAUAAACCCUUGGAGCCGGGCCAGCCAGCGUGGGCUAACUAUGUCAAGGGAGUGGUGCAGUGUUAUAAGGGUACACUGUCAUCCUUUGAUGCCGUCAUUGCUUCCGCGGUCCCCCUCGGGGGAGGAGUCUCAAGCUCCGCCUCCCUGGAGGUCGCGACCUAUACCUUCCUAGAGGCCAUGGACCCCAACGGACCCACCAAGGACCUCAAGGAGAAGGCGUUGGCUUGUCAGAAGGCCGAGCACGAGUUUCCCAAGAUGCCGUGUGGCAUCAUGGACCAGUUCAUCUCAGUCAUGGCGGAGGAAGGACAUGCGCUACUCAUUGACUGUCGUUCUAUGGAAUCCAAGCUGGUCCCCUUGGCUGAUCCAAAGGUGGUUGUGCUGCUGACCAACUCCAACGUCCGACACGAGCUGACCGGUAGCGAGUACCCGACCCGGCGUAGACAAUGCGAAGAAGGAGCUGCCGGACUUGGGAAAAAGAGUCUACGAGAUGCCACGAUGGAGGAACUGAGAGCUGCUGAAGCCAGCUUUGAUAAGGACGUCUUCCGUCGAGCCAAGCACGUUAUCAGCGAGAUAAAACGCACCGUCGACGGUGUGGAGGCACUGGAGAAGAUGGACUACGUUACCUUCGGAAAGCUGAUGGUUGAGAGCCAUAACUCCUUACGUGAUGACUACGAAGUCAGUUGCCCAGAGCUGGACCAGCUUGUAGAAGCAGCCGUAGCGGUGGAUGGGGUGUACGGAUCCCGUAUGAUGGGGGGAGGAUUUGGGGGUUGCACCGUGACCUUACUGAGGAAAGACGUGGUGGAGAAAACAGUGGCAUACAUGAAGGAGAAGUACACCGGUACAGCGACAUUCUAUGUGACUGCAGCGUCCAAGGGUGCACAGAUACUGACCCUCCAGUAAAAGACUCAUUGCAUGUACUAAUUAUGUCAUAAAGAUCUAAUUCUACUUUUUGUUUUUAGUUAAUGAUUUCCUUCUAAAGGAAUUAUCUGGCUUUGUAAUCCAAAAACAGCAAUAUUUAUAUCUUUUUAACAAGUCUGUCAAAAUACCUUUUCCUUUGAGGAUGACCUGUAACCAAUUAGCAUUCAUAAAUACCGAAGACAGUUUACCCAUUCCCAUUGGUCGAGAGCCCGUCACAUGGCCGGUCUUAAACGGAUGAUAAAGACAUCGCUGG